AUGGCAUCCGACAUCUUCUCACCAGGUUCGUCCCAGCGCCCUGAUCGACAGCAAGGCCUUUCGGGAUGCAUAGUGCUGUUCCCGUCUACAUCUCUCCUGAUUUGCACUACAAGCGGUCGCGGCUUGGUCGGCUGGUUUUGCAGCCUCGAAAGUCGGGAGAACCAACGAUCGACAGGUUCUCAUCCGGAAGAGAACUCCGAGCGAUGGGCUGAGACGAAGCAUGGUGAGGAUGGAUGCAAAUCACCCUUUGAAACCAUCACUCAAAAAUGCAGAACGCCAAAAACCACCACCGACCUCCCGCUCGGCCAGUUUGUCAUUGUUUUCACUUGA